AUGGGGUUUGUGGGAUCUCACGUUAUUGUCUUUUUGCAGGGUAUCGUCCAAGCCUACAAGAGUGGCAUAACCCUCCAGGGAAACACCACUAGCCUGGGCAGGUGGGACUUCAGUGGGUCUUUCUUCUUCUCCAUCUCUGCAAUAACAACCAUUGGCUAUGGGAACCUGAGCCCCAGCACUGUGGCUGGUCGAAUCUUCUGCAUCUUAUUUGCACUCUUUGGGAUCCCCUUGAACCUUGUACUCCUGAAUGAAAUUGGGCAGCUGAUGCUGUUGGGGGUUCAGCGUUGUGCCCACCACCUGGAGGAGAUGUUUCACUGGCAGAAAAAAGCUUCCCUCCUGAUUAAGACCUGUGCACUGGUAACUGGAUUGUUAUUGUUCCUCCUGCUACCUCCCUUUUUGUUCUCUGACAAAGAAGGCUGGUCUUAUGAAGAAGGCUUCUACUAUUCCUUCAUUACCCUCAGCACUAUUGGGUUUGGAGAUUAUGUGAUUGGGAUGAACCCAGACCGCACCUAUCCAGACUGGUACAAGAAUGUUAUCUCUCUGUGGAUCCUCUUUGGGAUGGCUUGGCUAGCACUGGUUAUCAAAUUUUGCAUCAACUUUCUCGAGAGCUCCAGUGACUUCUGUCAGUGCGACAACAGUACAGAGAUGACAGAAGAUUUAAUAGAUGGCAACAAAAAUGGUGUGACGGGACUUCACGAUGUGGAGAUCUGCGGUGACAAAGACACAAAAACAAAAGGACCAGAUGGAUCUCCCACCUACACAGAUCCUACAGAAGCACUCUAGGGAAGAAACAUACCCUUGGUCUCUCUUAGGUUUUAGUACACCAGACAUGCACCACUUAGAAAUGUGGGAACGGAGCUGCCCAUAGAAAUGUGGGAAUGGAGCUGCCCUGACAUUUGCGUGGGGUGAAAGCUUGCUUAUUGAGCUUGAAAUGCUUCCAUUCUGAAUUGAGCAAUGACAACAAACUGUUUCAUUUGCAGCACCACCAAGAGUUACUAACGGGACUCUUAGCCAAAAGCAGAUUUACAGAGAUAUCGCCUACCCUCCCACCUCAAUAAAUGAGGUAAACGUUGACAUCCAUAUGCAACUCUAGCUGUUGUCCUUUUCUUUCCAUGCAGAGUUCUUGCAGCCUCUUGAACGUAUGGCAUUUUGCAAAUAUGACAACUAGAAAAGCAAGAUCCAUUUAAUGCAGGAAACAAAUUGCAUGUUGCUAAAAGACAAUGAAAAGCACUAUUUAAAGCCACCUGGAAGUCACUGCAAAUGUCCUCCAUCACCUAUAUGCUUGUGCUUGCCAAAGGUGGUAACAUGCUUUUGCUCUCUGAUUAGUACAUGGAUGGCAGAGCUUGUGGAGGUGCCUAAUAGAAACAGAUCAUUCAAGUUUUUAAAAGAAAUUUCUACAUCGGAUGUCCACUAAUAUUAAAAGGAGACUAGGUAGUUAGGCUAUUCCUUACUCCAGAAUUUAUGUAGGAUCAGCCUUUGUAAAGUAUUAUGUAGACCAAAUGUCAUCAGCUAAAUGUGACAGUUUAUUUAGAUAGAUUUUUAUUUUGCCACAUCUUGAAAGCCAGAAAAGGAGGACUAGGGGCAGUCUUAAAUGCCAGUGAUUCCAAAAUUCUCCCGUGGCCAACGUUAACAAGGUCUACUUUAAUUUAGAAACAGACUUGAAGUAUUUUCAACCGUGAUCAAGAGAUGCUAUUCUGAUUAACUUCUCAUGUCAUAAAUGAAUAGCGUAUCUGUUCUAGCUAACAUCUUUUAUAUGAGCACAACUAUCUGUUGAUCUGUGGAAUGCCAAACCUGCUUAUUUGGCCUUUGUGUCAAUCAUGGAACAGAACUGUUGCUUUUUUUUUUUUUUUAAAUUCCAUUAAAUUAUCAGAAAUCUUUUGAGAAGUGAUGCCAUUUAUAAAGGCUCAACAGAGUCUAACUCCUGCUGCCAUUUAUAUACCCAUAUCUAAUCUUCUCAUUUUCUUAUUCCUGUUGUGCUACUUGCAUCCAAGAGCAUUAACUUUAAGAACUUGACCAUAGCAGUAAAACAGAAUGAAUCAUUUGGGUGAGCCUUCAGCUUCUGCAUCGGACCAAGAUUCCAUGUGGACCGUGGAGAAAAGACUGAAAACACAGCCUGUUGGAGUACGGGACUCAGGAAUUGGAAAUAUCUGUAGCCCAAUUCACAGAAAUGCAGUGAGUGAAAAGUUUACAGUCUUCAGGAGCACAAGUUCUGGAACACGUGCCAUGAAAAAAGCAUUUCCAGAGCAGGUCAGUCUGAGUGUUGAUAUGUGAUGGAACUGAUUACAGGAGAAAA